CCGCCAUCCGGCGCACCCACCACCGCCCCUAACGCCGACGCCCACCCGAAAAAGGCCACCAAGGACAAGAAGCCCAAGAAGGACAACCUCGCCGCGGGCAUGGCCGCACUCGAGCUCAACCCGCCACCACAGUACCUCGCGUCCCGCGUCGAACUCUUUGAGCGCCUCAAGAAGGAGGCCGAUGACAAGCUCGCCAGCAUGCCCCGCGAGCCCAUCACCAUCACGCUCCCGGACGGCUCGACCCGCGACGGCACCAGCUACGAGACGUCGCCCAUGUCGGUCGCCAUCAGCAUCAGCAAGGGCCUCGCCGACAAGACCGUCAUCGCCAAGGUCGACGGCGAGCUGUGGGACCUCGACCGUCCGUUCGAGAAGUCGGCGUCGCUCGAGCUCCUCGACUUUGAGCACCCCGAGGGCAAGAAGGUCUGGUGGCACUCGUCGGCGCACAUUCUCGGCGAGUGCUGCGAGCGCCAUUACGGCUGCCACCUCGCCAUCGGUCCUCCGACAGACGACGGCUUCUUCUACGAGAUGGGCAUGAACAGCGACCGCGUCGUCGCGCAGACCGACUACGAGGCGCUCGAGACGCUCGCCAAGGGUGUCGUCAAGGACAAGCAGAAGUUUGAGCGCCUCGAGGUGUCCAAGGAGAACCUGCUCAAGAUGUUCGAGUACAACCCGUUCAAGGUGCACAUCAUCAACGACAAGAUCCCGGACGGCACCUCGACGACCGUCUACCGCUGCGGCCCCAUGAUCGACCUGUGCCGCGGCCCGCACAUCCCGCACACCGGCCGCGUCAAGUCGCUCGCCAUCCUCAAGAACUCGUCGUCGUACUUCCUCGGCGACGCCAACAACGAGUCGCUGCAGCGCAUCUACGGCAUCUCGUUCCCCGACACGGCCCAGAUGAAGGACUACAAGAAGUUCCUCGAGGAGGCGGCAAAGCGCGACCACCGCCGCAUCGGCAAGGACCAGGAGCUCUUCUUCUUCCACGACCUGUCGCCCGGCAGCUGCUUCUGGCUCCCGCACGGCACGCGCAUCUACAACACCCUCGUCGAGUUCAUGCGGUCCGAGUACCGCAAGCGCAACUACCAGGAGGUCAUCACGCCCAACAUGUUCAACUCGAAGCUGUGGGAGACGUCGGGCCACUGGCAGAACUACGCCGACGACAUGUUCAAGCUCGACGUCGAAAAGGAGACGUUCGCGCUCAAGCCCAUGAACUGUCCUUCGCACUGCCUCAUCUUUGCGUCGCGCGACCGGUCGUACCGCGAGCUCCCGAUCCGCAUGGCCGACUUUGGCGUCCUGCACCGCAACGAGGCGAGCGGCGCCCUGACGGGCCUCACGCGCGUGCGCCGGUUCCAGCAGGACGACGCGCACCACUUCUGCAUGCCCGAGCAGAUCGAGGAGGAGAUGGACGUCUGCUUCGCGUUCCUCAACGAGAUCUACGGCACGUUCGGGUUCGACUUUGAGCUCAAGCUGUCGACCCGCCCCGAAAAGUUCCUCGGCGAGAUCAAGACCUGGGACGAGGCCGAGAAGAUGCUCGCCAAGUCGCUCGACAAGUUCGUGCCGGGCAAGUGGCGCGUCGACCCGGGCGACGGCGCCUUCUACGGCCCCAAGAUCGACAUCACCAUCUCGGACGCGCUGCGCCGCAAGCACCAGUGCGCGACGAUCCAGCUCGACUUCCAGCUCCCGCAGCGGUUCGAGCUGUCGUACCGCUCGGCGGCCGGCGACGACAAGAACGACGCGACCGACAAGCUGCUGCGCCCCGUCAUGAUCCACCGCGCCAUCCUCGGCUCGGUCGAGCGGUUCACGGCCAUCCUCACCGAGCACUUUGCCGGCAAGUGGCCCCUGUGGCUCUCGCCGCGCCAGGUCCUCGUCAUCCCUGUCGCCGCGCCGCACAAGGACUACGCCAAGGAGGUCGCCGCCAAGCUGUGGGACGCCGGCCUGUACGCCGACGCCGACCUGUCCGACUCGACCCUCCCCAAGAAGGUCCGCAACGCCGAGCUCGCCCAGUACAACUUUAUCUUUGCGUCGGCUCGGAGGAGAUGGAGUCGCGCUCGGUCAACGUGCGCAACCGCGACGACGCCGGCAACAAGAAGGCGCGCACCGAGACGAUCAAGCUCGACGAGGUGCUCGACAAGCUCCUGCGCCUCAAGGACCAGAGGAGGCUCGACAACGAGCUCCGCUAGACGUACUUCUCUCUCUCUCUGUCUUGGGACGGGCUGCAGUAGCGAGCACAUGUGCAUGGCG